AUGCUCAACAUAACGCUCAUCCCUCUGUGUGUUGACUUUGACAGUCCAGGCGACUAUUUUCUCUUCAUGUUUCACAUCCUGGCCGGGGCUUGCACCGUGAUAGUGGCCGGCUCUGUUGCAUGUGGGAUCAUUAAGACCCAGGCACUUUUAAGACAGAAUCGGUUUAUAUUCAUGCUGAACACAAGUAUCUGUGACACAAUGACCGGCUGUGGUAUUUUCUAUCAGUUUCUCUUCGAUGUGCGAGUUGGCUUCCCCUCUAAAAACGGGACUUAUUACAUCCUGCCUUCGCUUCUUGGAGUUAAUAUCAUGACGUUUCUAUUCGCCCAGUUUGACCGAUAUUUCGCCGUGUGCCAUCCCUUCUUCUACGGUCGUUUCAUCACCACAAGAGUGGUUAUAUGUGUCAAUGUGUACAGCUGGGUGCAUGUUUAUUCUCAGCUGCUCCUGCAACACAUGGUGCCACUUUCUAAAGCCAUACAGAUCGGAACCUACAGCAGGAUCAGUCUGAUGGUGAUUAUCAUCACAAAAGUAAUCAUGACCAUCAAGCUGCUGGUCGUGGCGAGGCACCAGCUGCUACGGGAGCCGCUGGGUCCGGAGAGAGACAGUAAGAAGGAGUCCUUGUUGAUCAUAGUGGUGGUUGUGGUGUUUUUCCUGCUGCUGUGGGGCCCGGCCAUGCUCUACACGGCCCUGGCGUCGCUGACAGGGAAGUAUCUUGUCAUUAAAAACGACGCAGUAAAUCCGAUGAAGAUUUUAUCCAGGAGCAAUGCUCUGUGCACUCCGUCCCUCUAUCUGUGUGCCAGCCCUUCACUCAGGACGGCUGUGUGGGAAACUGUGUGGAGCAAAAUCUGCUGCUGCAAGAAACCCAAAAGGGUCCAGCUUGAGAGAGAUCCUCCCAGCGCCGAGAGAGAGAGCAAGAAGGAAUCGCUGAGAAUCAUCAUCUUUGUUGUCAUAAGCUUCCUGGUGUUGUGGUGCCCCUCUUUCGUUAAUCUUGUCCUCAGACUUGCGUUUGGACAAGGGAUAACGUUUAGGAACGAGGCCACCAAUCUUUUCGCCAUCUUGGCUCGUUUCAACGCAGUGUGCACACCUGCAGUGUACCUGUGGGGGAGUCCGGCUCUGAGGGAGGCCAUGGUGAGGACAGUGUGGGGCAGAGUGUGUCCAAGGUGCAAGAAAAGCAAGAGGAUACAUGUCUCUUCACUGCGAUGA